AUGGCCGGUCUUGCCGGUUUACUGUCUGCCGCGGCUCCUCUUAUAUCUUUCAACUUCGUCGUCGCGGAGGCAGCCAAGGCGGCACAGGUUUCUACAUCACCAGCACUUCAGCUUGCACAGGUGGCAGCAUCCGUACCAAAGCCAGCAGCAACACCGUUGUCAUCAACACCACUGUCAAAUCCACGGAGACCUGCCGCGCCGGCCGUAGCACUAGCAACUUUGGCCUCUCAAAACCCCUCAAUAGCAAAAGCGGGUGUCCCGCCGCUUGCUGGUCAGCUUCAACUUCCACAAGUCAUUGUUGAGACCAAUUAUGUUGUGUACACCCAGAUAAAGACCGCUGCGCCGUCAUAUAUCACUGUUACACAAACCAUACGACCGCCGCCGCCACCACCGCCUCCUCUUCCACCUCCACCACCGCCUCCUCUACCACCUCCUCCAAAGCAAGCACCUCCGCUGUCACCUCCUCAGCAGGUACAGCCUCUAUCUCCUCCAAAGCAAAUCCAGCCUUCGCCGCCACCGAGGCAAAUUCAACCUCCCGCACCACCAAGACAGAUACAAGCUCCUUCACCCCCGAAGCAAGUUCAACCUUUACUGCCGCCAUACCAGGUCCAACCCCCUUCACUGCCGAAGCAAAUACAACCCCAAACACCCCCUAAACAAGUUGAACCACCGAGACCUCCAUCUCGGCCACCUCCUGCGGCUAAAAGUCCAGGACCGAAUGCGGUGCCUCUUGUAAUCCCCGCCCCAUUAGUAGUGCCGGCACAACCAUCAUCACCAUCAAAACCAACACCAGAUAUCACGGCCCCGUUGGCUGCUGCCUCACCUUCACCGGCACCACCGCCAGUUCUCAACCCCAUGGAUGCCCCGGGUCCAGAGAGGGGUGGCUCGCCCAAUCCGAACCCCAACCCUCAGGCUCAGGCUGGCCCUCCAGGUGGUCCUCCCAUGGGGCCGCCCGAUCCGGCGAGUGGUGCGUUUCCAGGUGGUAUACCGAACAAGAAUAUCGACUUGCCCGUCACCAUUAUGUUCAUGGUACUAUUCAUGCUUGGGGCCUACGUUCACUUGACCAUCUACCGGAGGAACGCCAAGCGUGGCCACAAGUUCCUAAUCUCGGAUAUUGUCUUCGACUUCUGUAUGAUCCGAACGGUGACUUGCAUCUUCCGGAUUACCUGGUCGAUUGUGUCGACGAGAGGGGUUGUAUUGCUGGCGUUGAUCACUGAAAAUGGAGGUGCUGCCCUUCUGUUUGCUGUUAAUAUCUUCUUCGCGCAGCGUCUGUUACGCUCAAUCCACCCCAAGGCAGGAUGGUGCACCGCGUUCAGCCAGUUCAGCUUGAUCUUGCUCUUCUCGGUUCCAGCUUUCAUCCUCCUCAACAUGACGUCGACAAUUGUCGCCUUCUUCAGCGUCGGCAACGUGGAUCGUCUGGAGACGACUGACGAACUGCUCAAAUUCGGAAGUUCAUGGAACACCUUUCUCUCCACCUUUCCUGUCCUUGUUGUGAGCGGAUGCCUGUCUGUGCCAGGCCCUAAACCUGAGAAGUUUGGUUCUGGCUCACAGAGGGUCAAGGUUGCUCUUCUCUACCUGGGAUCGUUUCUCUUGAUCACCGGACAAUCUAUCCGUCUGUUUGCCGUCUUCAAUAAGGAAUUACCAGGAGCAACCCCGAGCGUCAUCUAUGGCAAAGCGGUGUUCUACACUACCGGUUUCUUUUUUGAGCUCAUCGUUGUCGCCCUCUAUGCUGUCAUGCGAGUUGACCUCCGGUUCCACAUCCCCAAUGGAGCUAGCGGGCCCGGGGACUACUCCGGCGACAGGGACAAGGGUAGCUACUCGGUUGAAGAGAUUGAGCGGCUCAUUGACGAUUUGGAGGUACCACACCAGAUUAUGCGUGAGAGAAAGGGUCCAGAAGACAUGGAGAUGGUAUUUACCAUCUUCUUCGCCACCAAGAACGCCGAGAAGGAUAAGGAGAAGAAGGAAGCCGGAGGAGAAGGAUUAGACGAAACGUCAUCUGGCUCCAACGCCGAGGACGCAACGUUGCCAGAGAGGCCGAAGAGAGUCACCAGAAGGCAAACGCUCAUCGACGCUAUCAACCGGCCUCCGCGGCUGCCCAGAACACCGUCGGCGUACCCAGAUAUUCCGGACAUGUAUGCCCAGAUGGGUGAGCCAGAGUUGCCGCCGCCGCCUAGACGCCCUACGAGGCCGUCCAUGUAUUCUCAGUUUGACAAUGGGCAAGCGUACGACGCUAGGGCCGAUGUGGGGUAUCAGCAGUAUUGGGGUGCAUCGCCGCCUUACGGAAACGAGAAGGAGGGCAUGAGAAGCCAAGACUUGAGACGGUGA